UCCACUCUUUACUCUGCUCUGAAAUAGAAUGAGAUCACAGAUACAGCCGUGCAGCAUUCAGGAACAGAUCCAGUAUCACAUGGUGCCAAGAUGCGACUGUCAUCUGGCCCUCGUGAUUUACCGUCCCUAUGAAACUGCCUACGUUUUGCAUACAAGUGUAGAAUAUUCCUGAUCUCCUUUGUGGAUAAGCAAAACUACUGGACUUAGAAGAAGAUUUGGACAAACUGAAAAUGCCAGGUAGAGAGGCCUUUGUGACCCUGGUCACCACAGACUCCUACUGCAUGGGAGCCACAGUGGUGGCCAGAAGUUUGCGUCGACAUGGGACAACUCGCCGCAUUGUCGUCAUGGUCACACCAAACGUCUCCGAGCACUCAAGGUUUACCCUUGAGAAUAUGUUUGACGAGGUUAUCACGGUGGAUGUGAUGGACAGUAAGGACCGCCUCCAUCUAUCUUUGCUGGGACGUCCUGAGCUCGGCAUCACCUUCACAAAGAUCCACUGUUGGACUCUGACCCAGUACAGUAAAUGUGUCUUCCUGGACGCUGACACACUUGUGCUGUGUAACGUGGACGAACUCUUCGAGAGAGACGAGCUGUCGGCAGCUCCUGAUCCCAGCUGGCCCGACUGCUUCAACUCAGGCGUGUUUGUCUUUAGACCGUCCCUCCUCACCCACACCAGGCUCCUGGAUCAUGCCCUGCAGCACGGCAGCUUUGACGGAGGAGACCAGGGUCUGCUGAACUCUUUCUUCAAUAGCUGGCCGGUGGCAGACAUCAGUAAACACCUGCCGUUUGUCUACAACCUCAGUGCCAGCUCGCUCUAUAGCUACCUCCCUGCUUUCCAACAGUUCGGCCACAACGCGAAGAUUGUCCACUUUGUGGGAGCAGUAAAACCCUGGAGCUCACACAGGGAUGACAGCAGCUCGCCCACCAUGGAGGGGUUUGUGUCUCUGUGGUGGAGGGAAUACCUCAGUCACACCACAUCAUCUGCUCCAGUGAACCACACCAGUCAAGACCAGGAGAAAUCACAACAAAUCCAAGAACGAGAAGCCGAGAUGCCGUUUAGAAAAAACUUGGACAGCUCCAAUUCACUGCUGGCACACUUUUCUCCUCCUUCUCAGAGUCUUCGUUCACAGUCUGAACCAAAGACGGUGCAGCAGCCAGCUGUUUUCAGUGAAAAACCUCCAACAAACCCACCACACACAGAUGAGCAGAGUUCUCACACAGAUAGCACACUGAUGGAGGGAGAGCCGAAGUCACCUGAGAAGAAAGAGGAUCCAGUUUUGGGAGCUGAAGGAUUUGAGGGAACAACAAAGACAGAUCCUCUUCCUAGGGCAGCUGACAGAGAAACAGGGCAGCUCGAGCGUCGCCGGAGGUGGGAGGCUGGACAGGCCGACUACCUGGGCAGAGACGCCUUCAAGAACAUCCAGAAGAUGCUGGACCGCUUCCUGGUUUAGAGGAAACAUCUGUACCUUAAAUACAAACUUGUGGAUUAGUUAGUUUCCAUAUCCAGUGAAGCAGAUGUUAGUCUGACCAGCCUGGUUGACUCUCAAGGCUGGAGUUUUAGAGUUUGAUUGAUGUGUCGUUUAUAUCCUAAUGUUUUAUAUCUUUAAAGCCCCUAUAUGUAGCCUCUAAAGAUACGACUCCCAUCAAUAUUGAGGCACACAGUAAGAAUAGCUGAGUUUUUCUUUACAAAAAUGUACACAAUCCAAAUUUAAAUAUUAUAUAUGCUACCAUUCAAACGUUUUGGAUCACCCAGACAAUUUCAUAUUUUCCAUGAAAACUAACUCAUGUAUUCAUAUGAUAACAUAACUGCACAAGGCUCUUCUCAUCAUCAAAUAGCCUUUCAACACCAUUAGCUAUAACAAUGUAGCAUUAGAAUAUGGGAGUGAUGGUUGCUGAAAAUGGGCCUCUGUACCCCUAUGGAGAUAUUCCAUGAAAAACCACCCAUUUCCACAAUAGCAAUGUCUAGACUGUAUUUCUGAUUAAUGUCCUUAUUGAAAAAAAUGCUUUUCUUUCAAAAAUAAGGAUAUUUCUUAGUGACUCCAAACUUCUGAAUUCCACCCCUAAUGUUGAGGCACACAAUAAGAAUGACCUAGCUUUCCUUUACAACAAUCUACACAAUCUAAAUUUAAGUAGUAUAUGUCACAAAAAAUUUACAUAUCGGGGUUUUAAGACUGAUGUUUGUGCCACUGUUGACAAACUGACCUACAAGCUGAGCUGAGUUGAGGAUUCCAGUGCUAGAAACCACCACUGAGGGCUGUUAGUGCUGAAACAGUCUAGUUGGUAAUGUGCCAUUAAAGCAGAUUUUUAAAUUUAACAGCUAUUGUGCUGUCAGAAGUUAACUCCAGCUAAAAGCCACUGCCAGAUGUGCUACUAUUUUUGCUUUUCUUGACGUCAGUUUCCAUUUAAAUACUUUCUCUGACUUUUUUCUCAGCCUGUGGCUUCCAGAUCCAAGUCAUUCGGCUCCAACUAAAGAUAUAAACCUUUAAAAACCUCAUGAAUGCACAACUUUGCAAUUUUUCCUUGAACUGGAGGAAAUAUUACUUUUUUGGGGGUGACUUAAUUCAGUGGUUAAAUAAUAGGACAGUGUUUCUACACAUAAUUUAUUGACACUAAGAAAAAUAGAAAGUAUCACCAAACUAGUCCUUUUUCUAAAAAUACUAAAUUAUUGAAGAAUUAUUUACACUAGAAAAACUAAUUUAUGUGGUGUUGUACCACACAGAGAGAAAAUACUCCCACUCAAGGCUUCUUUACUCUGGCUGUAGUAUCGCUGUUUACACUCUUAUUAACGCUGCUCUCUGAUGCUUUUAUUAAACUGACUGCAAACUCGAUGCGAUGUGAGUAGUUUGCCAAACUGCUACUUAAACCCACAGCAGUGGCAAAAACAUUCAUCUUUAAUCAGUUUUGUGGGGAACCUUUUAUGCAAUUGCAUACAGCUGAAUAAAACCACAUUACAUGAAUGUGUCAUGGUAUCAUAAUAGAGGAUAUUUUUAACUCCCUGUUUCAAGCACUGACUCAAACUCUUUGACUUCAUGUUAUGUUACCAAUUAAAUCAAGGUUUUCAAACAAA